CCUUCACGGUGUGGUUCACCCUUCUUUUGGUGUUCAUCAUCGUACCUGCAAUCUUCGGUGUGUCCUUUGGGAUCCGCAGACUGUAUAUGAAGUCCCUCAUCAAGCUAUUUGAGUGCUGUUUCAGAAAUCGUCAUAUUGCAGGUUUCCACCUAGAAAUGGCGAAACAGUGGCCUGUUCUUGAUGCUUGAGGAUUCUCUUUUUGGAACUGACAGCAAGUAUCAAAGAUUUCACAUACUUUGGGUAGCGUGACGCAAAUCACUAGGUCUAAUGCAUGACUUAAUGCAAAAGAUUUGCUUCCUUACUUUGUGAUUGAGAUGCAUCGACUAAUUUUGUAAUCACAUUGUUGUCAAAUCCUGAGGUGCCUAAAUGUUCCUAAUUGUUGCAAUCAUUUGUUUACUUAAUGCAUGUUGGCAAGAGCUCUGUGUGUGACCUACAAUAGUUUCUGAUGAUUUCCUAUGGUGCCACUCUCCUCUCAUCCAUCUGGACUGAUGUAGUCACUCUUUCCGACCCUCUCCAGACUCCCUAAGAAACUCCAGAUGGCUGUUUUCCAGUGACUAACUUCCCUGUACUCUGCUGUCCUGUGACCCUGAACAGGGGAGCGAGAUUUAGUCUGACAAGCAGCUUGACUGUUCACUCUUUCCCUAUCCCGACCUUCGCUUCUGCAUCUCCCUGAGUCACAGCAUCAUCAGCGCCCUGGGCGACCUUAAGAAUGGAGCGAGGAGCCAAGGAGAAGAAUCAGCAUCUCUACAGACCCUACAGCAAUGGGAUUAUUGCUAAAGAACCAGUGUCCCUCGAACAGGAGAUCCAGGAAAUGAGGCGUGGCGGUGCAGAGCCUGAGUUUGACAUGUCUGACAUCUUCUAUUUCUGCCGGCGAGGUGUGGAGAGCAUCGUCGAUGACGAGGUGACCAAGCGCUUCACGGCGGAGGAGCUGGAGUCCUGGAACCUGCUGACCCGAAGCAACUACAACUUCCACCACAUCAGCACCAGGCUCACGGCGCUCUGGGGAGUGGGAGUGCUCAUCCGAUACGGGCUUCUACUGCCACUCAGGGUCACGCUUGCUUUCACCGGUGUUGGCCUUCUUGUGGUUCUGACGUCAAUCGUUGGCCUGUUUCCAAAUGGAAGAAUGAAGAAUUAUCUCAGUGACAAGGUUCAUCUGAUGUGUUACCGUAUCUGUGUGAGAGCCCUCACAGCCAUCAUCACCUACCAUGACAGUGAGAAUAAACCCAAAAACGGAGGAAUCUGUGUGGCCAAUCACACCUCGCCUAUCGACGUCAUCAUUCUGGCCAGUGACGAAUGCUACGCUAUGGUGGGUCAGGUCCAUGGUGGUCUGAUGGGGGUCAUUCAGAGGGCGAUGGUGAAGGCCUGUCCUCACAUCUGGUUCGAGAGGUCUGAAGUGAAGGACCGACACCUAGUGGCCAAACGAUUAAGUGACCACGUUGCAGACACAAGCAAACUGCCAAUCCUCAUAUUCCCUGAGGGAACUUGUAUUAACAACACUUCAGUCAUGAUGUUCAAGAAGGGAAGCUUUGAGAUCAGCUGCACUGUUUACCCUGUGGCCAUAAAGUAUGACCCUCGUUUUGGUGACGCGUUCUGGAACAGCAGCAAGUUUGGGAUGGUGAACUACCUGCUACACAUGAUGAGCAGUUGGGCCAUUGUGUGUAGCGUCUGGUACCUUCCACCAAUGAGCCGCAUGGAAGGGGAGGACGCUGUACAGUUUGCCAAUAGGGUCAAAGCGGCCAUCGCUAGAAAGGGAGGACUGGCAGACUUGUUAUGGGAUGGUGGUUUAAAACGAGGGAAGGUCAAAGAAGUUUUCAAAGAGGAGCAGCAGAAACUUUACAGCAAAGUCUUAGUGGGCAGCAGCGAAGACCGCAGUCGCUCUUGAAGAGAUGCAGCUGUCUGCUUGACAUUAUACAUGCUGCUCGGUGCUCACGGCGAGAGCCUGGACCCUCAGCGGAUGCAGUGCGGCCCUAGAUUGGCCCCUUCCUGAACCUGCUCAGACUGAACUGUAGAACUGAACUGAUGAAGUCAUUGUGAGUUGGUGGGAAACUGUGUUGCCAGACCCUCGGCUCACUGCUGCGCCUCAGGAGCUUUUGCAUCAUUGCACGAAAGUGUCUGUGGCAUUCAAUUCCUGGGCUGACUAUGAUUUCAGUUUGGAGUGAGAGUUACACAUGGCAUACUUGAGUGAAUUUUUUUCCCUUCACAGUCUGUUACAGUUUUGAAUAUUUGUGAUGUUACUAUAAUGCAUGAUGUCCCAGGAGAAGAAUGAAUGGAAGAGUUUGAAGUGAUUUAUUUAAGCUUGUAUAAAAAAGAAAUCAGAGCAAAAGUUGAAAGGAUGGUGUGCGUAGAACUUUAUUGUUGGUAGAACCAUGAAAAACAAUGUUACGUGUUUAGCUGCUCAGCGUUCAUGUCCUCAUGGCAGCCUCUCUAGUGUGCCGAUGUUCUUUUUAAUAAAAUGUUUUUUUUUUAA